AUUUCUUUUCAGCGUCCUGUUUAUGGCUAAGCUUGGGUGACUGUUAAUACAGAAGCAUGUCAAUGUGAAGUUUUCAACUGUGGAGGAAACCAGUGAGGACCAUUUUUAGCCACUUUCUGAAAAUAGAGGAACUAGAGCACUUUGAGGCAAACAAGCACAAUGGAUGUAAUCUCUAAAGAGGGUCCGCUCUAUUUGCAGGGGGUGAAGUUUGGAAAGAAGGUAUGGCGGAAAUCCUGGCUCAUUCUUUUUGAGCCCAGCCCUGCUGGGAUUGGCCGCAUGGAGUUGUACGACAUGCGUGAUAGAGGGGGGCUGAUGGGAUCUGCCAUUGCGAGGACUUCAGGGCCCAGGAAGGCCGACAAACGGGUGAUCCGCCUGACAGACUGUCUGAGCAUCACUCCAGCCCCAGGAGAAAGCUGUCCCACAGAUUGCUCUGCCUUCUUUUUAAACACCACCUCAUGCACCUACACCAUCGCUGCUCCCACCCAGGAGGACUGGAUAACUAUUCUGUGCCAGCUAGCAUUUCAGAAGACUCAAGGAACUGAAGAUACCAAGAAAGAUAAAUACACGUCACUGGCUGAUAAUGAAAUCUACUCCACCUGGGGAGCAGGCCAGUUCCAGGUGACAGUGCAGAGCACAGAUGCGUCUCAAAGGUGCAGGGUGUCUGGGUCAUACCUGCUGUCUGCGGAGAAAGAGGCUAUUUGUCUGCUGGACCUUAAGACCGGACAGGCCAUCUACCAAUGGCCCUACAGGCACCUCAGGAGAUUUGGCCAAGUCAAGGGGGGAAUUAUGAUCGAGGCAGGUCGUCGCUGUCACAGUGGGGAGGGUCAGUUCAUUUUUUUGUCAAAACAGGGGCUGCAAAUAAAGCGGGCCAUUGAGGAGGCCAUCAUGCACCAGAGUGUCCAAGAACUGCUGGCACAAGCCACCGCUCUUCCGCAAGAGUUUGCCUCCCAGCCCUCCUCGCCUAAAAGCAAACCACAGCAAAGGCCUAAGGUGAAAAAUCUUCCUCCAAUCAGCGUGAAUCAAGAGCGACCGCGCCCAGCAUUACAAUGCAAACAGGGGCAGCAAAUACACAAAGCCAUUGGGGAGGCACUCGCGCACCAGAGUCUCCAAGAACUGCUCCCGCCAUCCACACCCAUUCCACAAGCCAUUCCACAAGCCAUUCCACCCCCACCACCUUUACCAAAACCCAAAACACAAGCCAGGGACAAACCUAAGGUCAAUAUGCAACUUCAAGGCAACAGAAAUCAGGAAAGACCUUGCCCACCUGCAAUGAAAAAACCUGGGCAGCCAAUACACAAGCUCAUUGAAGGGGUUCUCACACAAAAGAAUGUCCAAAAGGCAUCAUCUACUCCUCAACAAGCCCCUCCACCACCACCACCACCACCACCCUUGCCUAAAAACAAACCGCAAAACAGAUCUAAUUUUAAAAAGCUUCCUCCAGCCAAUAUAAAUCAAGAUAGACCUUGUCCAGUGAUACCACGCAAAUACAUCUCCUUACCAGAUCCACCACCUUGCGUCAAAAGCCCUGUAAGUAGCCCAAAUGAAGUUGUGUAUACAGUGAUAUUUCCACAACCAAAACCAAGAUCAAAAAUGAACCUCCCAAAAGUUCCAACGCCUCCCAGUCUGCCACCAAACACAGAUACAGAUGUAAGCGUGGAUAAAGAGAAGGAGUGGAAAUCACCACAAGAACCGUCUGAGGACAAUAAUGAAGAAGCCCCCUACACUAACUGGACGGCGAAGACCACUGCUGAGCAGGAUCAACUGAAUAUUGAGGAUCUAUACAGCACAGUGAAUUUUGCAGCUAAACGUAAGAACCGACAGACUGAGGACAGUGAUGAUCAAGAGCAGCCUAACACUGAAGAACAAACUCCUGUUGUCUCUUCCAAUGAACUCCCUGUCGACUUCAAACAGACCCUUUCUAGCAUUCUGUUUAAAGAUCUGUCCAAGAUUCCACCCCCAUUUCCGCCUAGGUCACAUGGGGGAAGUUGUGAUCAGUUGGACCGAAUAGAUGAGCAGAUGACUGAUUGAGGUUUCUAUUGUCUGCAGUUGAGGUCCGUGUCACUGCUAGACUGAUUAAUGUCAGCGAUAUGUGUUGAAGUGUGCAAAACGUUUUAACACAAAACUUUUAAUAAUAGCGCACAGAAUAUGUACUGAGAUGAUUAAAUGUAAGGAAAGUGUAUGCUUUGAAUAUUCUGUAAAUGAUCUUCAUUGAAAAUUUCUUUGUAAGAUAUAUUGUAAAACUGUGUAUAUUUAACCAAUAUAUCACAAGUUAUUUAAAACGUUUUGGUUGUGAUUUGGUCUCUGGCAUGAAAUACUCUAAAUUCAAACACAAGUUAGUGCUGUUUCGUUGGUCGUGUCUUUUAAUAAAUCCUUUAAGGUAAAUUAAUAGUUCACCCCAAAAUUUGCUGUUCCCUAUUGACUUUUAUAGUAUUUUGUCCAUACUAAGGACCAGCAACUGUUUGAUCACCCACAUUCUCCAAAAAAAGGAACUCUGUUUUGGGACUCGAGGGGAGUAAAUGAUGACAGAAUAUUAAUUUUUUGAUGAACUAUUCCUUCAAUUCAGUGCAAUCCAAUUUGAAGCUCUUUCUUGCCUUCAAACCCUUACUACAGCACGAGCCAAUAGCAUUUGAGUGCAGACCCUGAAUCAUCAUUUCAUUGGUUAGACUACUAAACGACCCCUUUGCUGAACUGGAAUUGAACUCAUUCGUGAACGAACUGAUUGCAUGAAACAUGGCAUGUGGUGAAGAGUGCUGACCGAUUGAAAAAGAGUCAUGUGAGUAGAUCUAGUUCAAACCAGUUGGAGAACAGAGGGUUUUCACUUAUGUCACGGUCUGGUCAGUUACUCGGAUGUGCAGCCAUAUUGGAGAUACUCGGAUGUAAACAACAGCAUGGAUUGCAUGGUUACUGUACUACUGAAUAUGUUGUUCUGCUAAUUUAUGCUGUUUAAACCAUGAAAAAUGUGUGGAAGCUGCUAAAUCAUAUAGAGGACUUGGUAAAUAGGAAAGCGUGUAAUAUUUAGACAAACUAAAGUCAACAGGUGGCAAAGUUACGUUCGAGCAGUAUUCAUUAAAAUAUUAGCCUAAUAUUUCACCUACCUGACUGGAAAUGAUAAGAACGAACACCAAUGUUGUCAAGAUUCUUGCCCUGUAAAUCCCGGUUCAGUUUGGACACAAACGCCUUUUGUUCCUCAGACAUUUUUUGCACUCUUCCCCUUGAUUUGUUAUAACUUUUGGCAGUCUAUAGUACUCCAAAUGUUUUUCCCGGUCUGAACGAUUAGUACAGCCCAAAACAUGACAGUAAUUGGCCAUUUUCAGCAGGAAUAAUCAGCAAAGUUUGGAGUUCCCUUUGGUUUAGUAGCAUUGUUUACGUUCAGUGCCGCCAUUAUGGCCAAUUGAUGACGCGUUGUGAAAACACUCUAUUGUAACUGAUUAGACAAUUGUUGCUUUUAAGGUUAAACAAAAGUAAUUUAUUUACCAUCCAAAAUGGAGGGAAAAUUAUGAAUUUGCUUUGUUUUCAUUUGUUGAGAACAACACGCGGUCAACGCACGCUUUAAAUGAAUCGUUUCAGUCGUGAACGACUCCUUUGAGCGAAUCAGUUGAGGUGUGAAUGGCGAUUUCAAGUGAAUGGUUUAAAUGACUCAUACAGCACACAAAAUACACUUUCUUUGCGCCAUAUGUAGUCUAACUAACGUUAUGUAUUAUCUGAACAUCUUUUUAGGUAAACUGUUUUAAAAGAUAAUCGAUAGAAUAUGAUACCUUCCUGGAUAAAAAGUUAUUUGAAUGCUGUUUAAUUAAAUAACUACAGAAAACAUUUGCGCAACUGUUAUAAUGAAUGUAUGAAUCGAAGCCAUUCGAAUAAAUAUAUGAAAAGAAAAUCUUUAUUAAACUUUUGAGGUAAUAAAAAUCACAAACGUACAUAAAUAACAUUUUUGUCAUUGCUGAUGGAGGUUUUGUACAUGUGAAGUGUAAAAAUCCAAAUGUAUGUCUUAAAGUGCAACUAAAGGGCUUGUAUAGAUA